AUCAUUUCUCAUCCCAGAGCAAGAUUAUUAUUUUCUACCAAAAAACAAUGGCUUACAGAAGCAUGUUCCUCUUAAUUACUUUAUUUUGGUUUUCGUUCAGCAAUCCUUGUUAUUCAGAUACAGAUACCUUACAUCAAGGCCAAGAGCUCAAGGACUGGGAUCAAUUGGUUUCAUCAAACAGGGUCUUCUGUUUGAAGUUCUUUAGCUUUGGCACCAUGGUGAGUCCUUAUCUAGGGAUAUUUUACAACAAUGAACAAGCCAGAUAUCGUCAUUUGAACUACUACCAAAAGAAGGCAUCUGACGACUUAAGUAAUACGGCAGUUUGGAUAGCAAACAGAAAUAAUCCUAUCCCGGAUAUAUACGCCAGGCUCAUCAUAGAUGGUAAUGGAAAGUUCAGCAUUUUAUCUAGUGGAGGCACUGUUCUUGAUCUUUUCCGUCCACCCGCCUUAAUAGCAAGCAAUGUAAGUGUUACCCUUUUGGAUUCAGGGAAUUUGGUACUCCGAAAUCUGCAUCCAGAUGGGUCGGUUAAGCAGGUUUUAUGGCAAAGCUUUGAUUACCCAACAGACACGCUCCUACCUGGAAUGAAACUGGGAAUUAAUCUCAAGACUGGUCAUAGAUGGUCACUGACUUCGUGGCGGAAUCCUGAGCUACCAGCCAAAGGGUUAUAUACAUUAGAUCUAAAUGGAACAGGUCAAAUGGUCAUUUUAAGGCAAGGGAAGAUCCAUUGGAUGAGUGGACCUUGGCAAGAUGGUCAAUUCAAAAACACUGAUCUACAAUCUUCGGGUCCAGAUGUCCGCUUCUAUUAUGUUUCUAAUGAGACCGAGCAAUCCUUCACAUAUUUAACAAGAACAUAUGAUUCAUAUCCAGCUCUGAGGAUGCAUCAAGAUGCUCAACUUAAGGGUGCACCUCUAAACUUAAACCUCCUCUGCCGCUCAAUUGAUGACCCCCCUGGUUGUGCUGAAGAUGCCUUUGAAAACUUAAUAUGCAGGAAAGAUUUAGACUUUGGGUCACCAAAAGGCGACGCAUACAAUUAUUAUAACUAUGUGGAUGAGUAUGUAUAUGAUGAAAGCUAUAACUUUUACGAUUGCCUAAAAAUAUGUCGGAGUAAUCGUUCCUGUGUGGCCUUUACUACAACAAGAAACAUGGAAGGUUGCAAGACUUAUAGUAAAAGAGUAUACAAUCCACGGGCAAACAGACGAGAAAUAGCUGAGCGACACAAAGAAUAUGACGCCUUCCAUAAUCAUGGAGAAGAGAGUUCAUCUCCAGUGUACGCAGAACAAAAGAUUGAGGUGGAGGAGAAGAAGAUGAUGAUCUGGAUUGGGUUGAUUACCAUGAUUACAUCUUUAGUUGUACUCCUAUCAUGCUAUUGGGUAUGCAAGAACAUUGGUUUUAAAGGGACAGGAAAGAAAAUCAAGAAGCUUUGGCAACUUCAGAUGAGACGCUUCUCCAACUAUGUACAGACAGAUAAGAAUAUGAACACUGAGCUGCAUUAUUUCACCUUUCAAAGCAUCUCAUCUGCCACAAAUAAUUUCUCAAGCACUAAUAAGCUAGGCAAGGGAGGUUUUGGAGAAGUUUAUAAGGGUAAAUUAGUUGAUGGGCAAGAGGUUGCGGUCAAACGACUUUCAAAAAGCUCUGGACAAGGAGUCAAGGAGUUUAAGAAUGAAUCCGAACUCAUUGCCAAACUCCAACACACUAAUCUUGUCCGACUACUAGGGUAUUGCGUUGAAAAACAAGAACAAAUCCUUGUAUACGAAUAUAUGCCUAAUAACAGCUUGGAUUUCUUUCUAUUUGAUCCUAUGAAGAAAGGAUUGCUGGAUUGGAACCAACGCUUUGUGAUUAUUGAUGGCAUUGCUCAGGGGCUUUUGUAUCUCCACAAAUUUUCAAGGCUGAGGAUAAUCCAUAGAGAUUUGAAAGCUAGUAACAUCUUGCUAGAUGACUACCUCAAGCCAAAGAUAUCAGAUUUUGGCAUGGCUAAGUCAUUUGGGAUCAAUGAGUCGGAAGCAAAUACAAGUAGAGUUGUUGGAACACGUGGGUAUAUGCCUCCAGAAUAUCUGAUAGAUGGCACCAUUUCAACCAAGAUAGAUGUCUUUGGUUUUGGUGUUUUGUUGCUUGAGAUUAUAAGCAGCAAGAUGAAUUUUGUUAGCUAUGAUGUGGAACACCCACUCAACCUUCUUGGACUUGCAUGGGAACUGUGGAAUGAAGGCAGAGGAUUGGAGUUGAUGGAUCCAGUACUGGAAGAUACAUGCAGUCCAAAGGAAGUAAUGACAUGCAUUCAUGUGGGUCUCUUGUGUGUUCAAGACCAUGCCAAGGACAGACCUACCAUGUCUGAAGUUGUUUCUAUGCUUACAAAUGAAAAUACGAAUCUACCUGGCCCAAAACAACCGGCAUUCUUCAUUGAGAGGCAUGCGACUGAGGUUGGGGCGGAGGAAAGAAGAGGAGAUAGGUUGGAAAAUGGAUCUGAAGAUGGCGAAUCUAUUUCAGUUUUAGUGUCAAAAUAGAAGGAAGCAAAACAAUAAGUU